AUGCAUGAUCAUUUCCAGAGUCGGACCGUGGACUUGCAAUUAGCCCACAGCGUUCGUGCCGUGCUCGAGACGGCACCUCAGCUUGGCCGCGCCGCGCGUUCCGAGGCCGAACGUCUUGGUCAUGCGGUGCUUAGCCUUGAUGCCUAUCUGCCUGGUGUUGUUGGCCAGGUUGUCGGAGCGGCUUCCCGAUCGCAGAGCCUUCCCAACACCCAGCUUGCCUACCUGGAGCACGCCAGGACCCUGCUUGAAGCUACCGAGGCACUCGUGAUUGUCUGCAAGGAAGCCGGUGGCAACCCAAGGGUAAUGCGCAUGUGUACCCGCUAA